GAGUCACCCUCCGGAUCGGCCCUUCACUGCCCGGCCCCACGCCGUAUAAAAGCCUCCUAACCUCCCGACGAAGAUCAAAAUCCCGGCCACCUCCAACCCCAUCUGCCGAUCCGCCGCCGUGAGAGAGAGUAGCAGAGAAUGAAUACCAACUUUGCCGCAGAGCUAUUCGGCGAAGAAGACGACGAAGAAAACUACUCAAACGACGAGCAACAGAACAAACCACAGCAACGCCAAUCCUCCGCUUCGCAAUCCUCGGCUACAUCGUCGUCCGCCGCCUCUUCCUCCGCCUCUUCCGGCGGCUCUUCCUCGCCGUCCUCCUCCAACAGAAGUAGCAGCGCUAGCGGGAGCCGGAGUGACAGCGGCGGAGAAGAGGACGAUAAUGGAGAAGUGAGGUCUUCUCUUAACAGUAACAUUAAUAGUCACUCCAAGUAUGGGAAUGAGGAUGAUGAUUCCGAUAAGGAUCUGUUUGGCUCAGAUAAUGAGGAGUAUGUAAAAACCCCUGCUACUAGUACCUAUCCGGUCCCCGUUUUGCCCCCUGUACGAAAUACAAACAACCCCACAAGAGGAGGCUUUGGGCGUGGACGUUGGCAAAAUGGUAGAGGAAAUGGAAUCCUUCCUUCACCCAAUUAUCCACCAAGGCAGAAUUAUGGCUAUGGUAGAGGAAAUGCCCCUCGUGAUGAGCGUUUUGUUUCUGAACUGAAGUUUGCAAAGAGUGAAGAAACAUUAGCAAGAAAAUCCACAGCAAUCCAAGAGCCUUGUGAACUUGCUUGCUAUAGUCGUGUACAAGAUGGAGAUGUCUACUUUGAUGAUCGCAGCUUGAGGCUAUUUAAACGUCUUAUUACUGAAGAUAUUGGAUCUGACCUAAAUGAAGGCUUUGAUACUUUCACUGAGAAGAGAGAUUUGGGCUCUCAGGGCUUCGGUGACCUUCUGGCCUGCAUUAGGAAUAAGAAUAUCCCCCUUGAUAGGAUGCACUUUGUGACAUAUCGCAAUAACCUUAAUAAGAUAAUGGCUACUGCUUAUAUAAGGAAUGAGCCUUGGGAAAUGGGAGUUCACAAAAGGAAAGGUGUUGUCUAUCUGGAUGUGCAUAAAUUACCAGAGAGGCCAAAGAGUGAGCUAGAUAGAAGAAGGUGUUACUGGGGCUAUUGUUUUGAGAGCCUUGCCACUGAAGAUCCUGGUAGAUCUGAUGGAGAUAGGAUUCAUGACAUUGAUGCCAAUGUUGAAUAUUGUGCUGUAAUUAAAACCAAAAUAGGGGCUCACCGCAUUUUGAUGGGGGCUGAAAUGGAUUGUUGUGAUUCCAGGGAUGACGGAAGAAGAUUCUAUGUUGAACUAAAAACAAGUCGUGAGUUGUUGGAUCAUCGUACCGAGGAAAUAUUUGAGAGGGAGAAAUUACUCAAGUUUUGGAUCCAGUCAUUCCUUGCUGGAGUACCUUACAUUGUUGUUGGUUUUAGGGAUGAUAAUGGUAGACUUGUCCGCACUGAGAGAUUGAGAACUAAUGAGAUCACACAAAGGGUAAAAAUGAAAAGUUACUGGCAGGGCGGUGUAUGUCUUGCAUUUGCAGACGAGGUUCUAUGCUGGCUUUACGGGACAGUAAAGGAAAACGAAGACUACAUCUUGCAGUUCACUCCACAUUCGAACCGGCUGGAGCUUCUACGUGGUCCAUCCUGCCCGGACGCAAUUACUCACCAUGUUCAACAACUAGAGAGCUUUUGAGUUUGCCGCAGAAUGAAAACCACAGAUCUGAACAUACAAAGAACUGGAAUCAGAUCAGACCACUUUUUUUUGCAGUUUUUUGUCAUCAACUAUAACCACCACACAUUGAAAAUGUUCUUGGAUGAACAUAUACAUUUUGCCAAGGUGUUACAAGAACAAGAAGACAAUAGUUUUGUUCUUCUUAACACCCAUUUGGGUUUUGAGCCUGUAACCACCACCCACUGUGAAAUGUUGAGUAUUGUUGGAUGUCAGAAUAGGCUUAUGGACAACUUUGCUACCUUGUUUUGGUGGAUUAUUGAAAGACACUAAUUCGGUUUAUCUUUUUAAUUUGUGUGUAUAAUAUGCAGAUAAUGUUUUUGCUGGAUAAU